AUGUAUUGGAAGCUACACUGGACUCUACUACAACAUUUUUUGAUUCAUAUUGUUAUUGGCAAUCGUAUUGAUCAUCUGCUGGAAAAUUUGGUAAGAAUUUUGUAAAAUACGUGUUGCAAAUCGUUUACUGGAGCAACGUUUAGUUAUACCAAAGCACUUUCGUAUAACUGAGCAUUUUUACUUGGCAAUUAUUUCAAAAUUGUAUUACCAACUUCAGGACAUAAAGAAUACAUGGACAAAGUCCGACCUAAUCUUAUGUACAAACCCCAGAAUUCCAUUCGAAAACCCAGAACUUCACUGUGAAACAGUCAUAUCUCAACACUUUACUUUACUAGAUGUUGAAUACCUAUCGAUUCAACCAGUUCUAAUCAGAUUCCACAAGUUUGGCAAUAAGACAAUGUUAAAAGAAAUUCAGAACAAGUUCCGGAAGUCAGAGUACAUUAUGAUUAAGCAUCAUAUUACAAAAAUUAAGCAUCAUAUCAUAUAAACUCGUCAUAGGAAAUGAUACUGGUCAAAUGUCAAAAAUCACCAAUAUUUGGCCAGUUUCAUCCACCAUGCCCAGUGUUAUUCAAUUUUACCCUAAUACCUAAACUUUCAGUGAAGUGGAGGAACAAGUAGUAGAAGGAGCAGAGUCCGCUAUGAAUCACCGAGGCCGAGUAGCUGAUGGACUAUGGUUAGAACCACAUGAAGAAUGCAUCCUACCCUUGUUUCACAAAAUUCAACAAAAUUUACGAUUAAAUCCAGCGAUUGCUGAGAACUUUUUGGUAGGUUUUUUGGUAAAAUACGGAGUUGUUUCGACUGGCUGUAAGCCAUUAUACUUUUAAAAAUAUAAAAGUGUAAGGCAGAAGUAAGACUAUCGCAAGAAAAGGGUAGAAAUACUGUAGAAUACCAGAAAUGUACCGUAGGAAAUUGCAAAGACUAAAAACCUGAGGUUGCUAUAGUUAAGUCAUCCUAGAUUGUGAUAAGGUAAAUAGAAUAAAGAGGAUUAGAGCAGACAAGGUAGGUUUUUUAACUUUUAGAGGUAGGAUUCAGGACGAGGUAAUAGAAGUAGAAGUAGGGGUUCCGUUAGGGGAGGCUAGGAUAGGUAAGGUAUACCAAGCGUAAAAGAACGGGUAGGAGUAUAGUAGAGUAGGGUAAGGUAGGUUUAAACUCAAGAGUAGAUUUAAGGGCUUGAGGUAGGGGUAGGGGUAGGCUGCUAUUUUAACCCUCUCUACAAUACACUACUCUGCCCUACCCCUACUGUACCCCUAACUUUACCCUACCCCACCCUACUCCACCUUCUAAACCCCGUGUUCAGAUUCUAAAAUACGACAAAAAUGGUCAUUACGCUCCGCAUUACGACCACUUAUUCCCGAUGACCAUAGAUUACGAUAACGGUUGGUUUGAGUAUUUUGGCAAUCGAAUGGCCACAGCUUUGCUUAUCGUGCAACCGGCUGAGGUUGGGGGUGGAACGGUGUUCCCUAACUUGGAAUUGGUCGUUCAGCCUGGGGCUGGUAAGUAAAAUACGGUUAGCUCCUUCAUGAUGAUUAAAAAAUCAAAAAAAUAAAAACUAAAAAAAAAUAAAUUGAAAUUUUUAAAAACUUUCGAAAUUUCAAAAUUUUCAAAAAUUUCUAAUUUUCAACUCCCUUCACUCCAGGCGAUCUCCUACUAUGGUUCAACGCCGACUCAAACGAUGACAGAGAAUAUAACAGCCUUCAUGCCGGCUGUCCAAUAGAGAAAGGUCAGAAAAUGGCAGUAUCUUUGUGGUUACGUGGUAACUUUCAAGAUCAACUUUACUGUCCUACCUAUAGCUCAAGGUAUACCUCUUAUGACAUGAUAAAACAACUUGGAAGUAAACGAUCACAUCCUCAGUUUGAUACUCGACCUCAGAUACCCCGAGAAUACGGUGGAUAUUGGGAUGACGAAGACUAUGAUGACGAUGGUGAUGGCAGUGACAUUUUACAUGUAGUGUAA